AUGCUAAAUAUCAAAAUCUUGAGCGACAGCUCCCAUCAGGACUUGUCCCAAAAAAUUGCUGAUUGCCUGGGCCUAGAGCUGGGCAAGGUGGUGACUAAGAAAUUCAGCAACCAGGAGACAUGCAUUGAAAUUGGUGAAAGUGUACAUGAAGAGGAUGUCUACAUUGUUCAGAGUGGCUGUGGUGAAAUUAACAACAAUCUAAUGGAGCUUUUGAUCAUGGUUAAUGUCUAUAAGAUUGUUUCAGCUAGCUGGGUUACUGCAGCCAUCCAGUGCUUUACUUAUGCCUGGCAGGAUAAGAGAGAUAAGAGCCAGGCUCCAGUCUCAGCCAAGCUUGUUGCAAAUAUGCUCUCUAAAGCAGGUGCAGAUCAUAUUAUCUCCAUGGACCUUCAUGCUUCUCAAAUUCAGGGUUUUUUUGAUAUCCCUGUGGACAAUGUGUAUGCAGAGCCAGCUGUCCUGAAGUGGAUAGAGAACAUAUCUGAUAAGAACUACAUUAUUGUCUCAGCUGAUGCUGGGAGAGCUAAGAGAAUUACCUCUAUUGCAGACCAGUUGAAUGUUGACUUCACCUUGAUUCACAAAGCACAGAAGAAAGCCAGUGAAGUGGACCACAUGGUGCUGGUGAAAGAGGUGAAGGAUCAGGUGGCCAUUCUAGUGGAUGAUAUGGCUGACACUUGUGGCACAAUCUGCCAUGCAACCGACAAACUUCUUUCAGCUGGAGCCACCAGCAUUUAUGCUAUCUUGAUUCAUGGAAUCUUUUCUGGCCUGGUCAUCUCUCACAUUAACAAUGCAUGCUUUGAAGCAGUAGUGGUCACCAAUACCAUACCUCAGGAGGAUAAGAUGAAGCAUUGCUCUAAAAUACAGGAGAUCGACAUCUCCAUGAUCCUUGCAAAAGCCAUCAGGAGCACUCACAAUGGGGAAUCUGUUUCCUACCUGUUUAGCCAUGUCCCUUUUAAAUAG